AUCAGUGCAUGCCCUCAAUUAAAGCAUGGCACCACUGAUUACUACACUCUAAAACUUAUUAGCAUCGGAUUUAUGGUGAACAUCCUGCCUUCCAACGAUUGCUCCACCCUAUUCACUCCAUAAAAAGCCAAGGGGGCGGAGCAGCUGGCUCUUAAGGCUGCAUUCACAGACUCUUCAGGCAGUGCUGGAGAGGAAUGACCUGCUGCACCAGCGGAGCUGAGGGGACCUGUGGCAUCACAGAGCUGGAGCUUCCAUCCCUUCACUGUGUCUGGGCUAACGGGGAGAGCUGCUGCCGCUGGAGAUGACUGAACGCCACUGCAGAGAGAGUCGCCCGCCACUUUGGGAACGCUCCUCUGUCCUGAGAUGUUAAGAGCUGCUGGGAAGUUUGAGUGGAGUGGCACAAAUAUCGCUGGAUUUAUACCACAAUUACAACUUCAGAUAAGUUACAACAGCAACCACAGAUCUCCAGGAUGAAGCCUGGUUUCCUCUGCGUGGGGAUCCUCCUCAUGGCCACUCGCCUCCUCGCAGCCAGUGCUCAGCUGGAGCACAGGAGCCCCGCUCCCCACAGCGCCGCCGCCGCUGCCACGCAGAGACCGGGCCUCAUAGAGCGGGACGCGCACGGUCAGGUGAGGCCCAACGCCACCAUGCCCCGCCGCCUCCUGCCCCCCAUGUGCACUGGGCCCACCGAGAUCCGCGACACCUUCAAGUACAUCAACACGUUGGUGUCCUGCCUGGUGUUCGUUGUGGGCAUCAUCGGCAACUCCACCCUCCUGAGGAUCAUCUAUAAGAACAAGUGCAUGCGAAACGGGCCCAACAUCCUGAUUGGCAGCCUGGCGCUGGGAGACCUGCUGCAUAUUAUCAUUGGGAUUCCCAUUAAUGUUUACAAGCUCCUGGCGAAUGACUGGCCAUUUGGGGUGGCUCUGUGCAAGUUGGUGCCGUUCAUCCAGAAGGCCUCGGUGGGGAUCACCGUGCUAAGCCUAUGUGCUCUGAGCAUUGACAGGUAUCGCGCUGUUGCCUCAUGGAGUCGCGUCAAAGGCAUUGGAGUCCCGAAGUGGGUGGCCACAGAGAUAGCGCUCAUCUGGAUACUGUCUGUCAUCCUGGCUGUGCCGGAGGCCAUAGCCUUCGACAUGAUCACCAUGGACUACAAAGGAGAACAUUUACGGAUCUGCCUGCUACACCCCAUACAGAAGUUGGGCUUCAUGCAGUUUUAUAAAUUGGCGAAGGACUGGUGGCUGUUCAGCGCAUAUUUCUGUCUGCCUUUGGCCUGUACCGCUGUUUUUUACACACUGAUGACCUGCGAGAUGCUUAGGAAGAAGAACGGAGUCCAGAUCGCGCUCAGUGAUCACCUCAAACAGCGAAGGGAGGUGGCAAAGACAGUUUUCUGCCUGGUUCUGGUCUUCGCUCUGUGCUGGCUGCCGCUCCACCUCAGCCGUAUCCUGAAGCUGAACAUCUACGACGAGAAAGACCCAAACCGGUGUGAGAUGCUCAGCUUCUUCUUGGUCUUGGAUUACAUUGGCAUUAACAUGGCAUCUGUCAACUCCUGCAUCAACCCCAUUGCCCUCUACAUGGUCAGCAAGCGCUUCAAGAACUGCUUCAGGUCCUGCCUGUGCUGCUGGUGCCUACCGAUGGAGAUGCUGAUGGAUGAGAAGCAGUCGUGCAUAAAGGUGAAAGAACGAGCCUCCGACCAAAGUAACUCCUGUGCGACAAACAAGUCUAGCACAGCCAUAGGAGAUGCCCGCAGGUGGAAAUAGACUUAAUCUGACGACAGCAACAGCUAAAUAUUGUGUAUCAAGUGUGGAUGACUGAACGUUGGUUAAAGACCUGCUGUCACCUCAUCUCACGCAUCAUAUGAAGUCUCCGUCAACUGUUACCAGAUGUUUCUUGGCUAAUCAGGCCUCUGCUGAGCCUAACCCAAACACCUUCCAGUGCUGAGCUCUGCACACGUCAGAGCGGCCAAAUAAGCUGUAUUCUCCAGAAACCCGUGGGAAAUAGCCAAAGUGGUGAUACUGACACCAGGAGUGAACACUGAGCAGGGGCCAAGGGCACGACAGAUGUUACGGGGUCAAAGGUCAAUUGGAAAUGACAGCUCUCCAGGCUCAAUACCGGGAUACUGAAUGUUACCCUGAUGCUACGAAUGAGUGAGUUCUGCAUUAUAUAACAUGCUGCUCCAACACUCAGCAGCAGCUUGGAGUCCAUUAGCUAUUGAUCUAAAAAUAUUUUUGGAGUUUUUUUUACAUGUAUUUACUUUGAAAUGUAUCUGUGUAUUGAUAAAUGUUGUUUUUACAGAAAUUUAUAAGACAUGCUUCAUCACUAAUGCAUUGAAGUGUAUUGUUUCUGGGUGAUUUCCCUCUAGUUACUAAACUACUGAUGUGCAUUUUCGGCCUCUGUUCAGCAAUGUUUUCUUUAUCUCGCUUCCUCGGCCCGUGUGGAGAGAGGGACGAGUUUCCUUUCUAAUAAAUAAAAUGAUCCCAAUAGCG